AAACGACAACAUUUACCUCUCGACAUUUGUCUGUGAUAGUUGAAUAAAAGCCCAGUUUGGAAAUCGAUAAAAUCGAAAUUUUGUGUACCUUCUAGAUGUGCCCUGUGCUCGAAGCACGAACAGACAUAAUAUUUUCGAAAGAGGAAAGUUGUUUACAAAUAGGUGAAUACAUUUGCACUGAAUCUGCAUGUUGAAAUCGCUAUAUCUUUCCAGCUGAUUUGCUAUUUUCGAAAUAUAGUUUUCAGGAAUUUGAAACAUGGAGGAAACCGAAUUUCAAUUAUUUCCAUUAGAUGAUUAUUCCAUAAGCGAAAGGGUGAGCGAAGGUCGUACUGGAGUCGUUUACAAGGGAAAAAACAAAAAGACGGGAAGAUUGGUGGCUUUAAAAAUUAUCAAGUACCAACGUGACACUGAAGAAGGAGGCGAGAUGCUAUUUUCAGCUUUGAGAGAAAUAAGUCUUUUGAAGCAACUUCGGCAUCCUAACAUUGUUUCUUUGCUUGAUGUUAUCAUCGGAAAUCGAAAGGAAAAUCCAAAGUUAUGUUAUUAUCCGAUACUCGAAUUCCUCGAAACGGAUUUGGGGGAAUAUAUAAGAAGUAUAGCGCCUGACCAAUACAUGGAUCCAAAGCUAGUGAAAAGCUACGUAUACCAGAUUAAUCAGGCACUCCUGUUUUGCCAUCAACGUGGGGUCAUACAUAGGGAUCUGAAACCACAGAACUUGUUAAUUAACAAAGACGGAUUAAUUAAGUUGGCUGAUUUUGGGGCAGGGAGAAAGUGUGGACAACCAGGGGGAGAAAUUUGCACCUCCGGAAUGGUUACUUUAUGGUACAGAGCCCCAGAAAUACUUUUGGGGGCUCCUAAAUAUUCUUGCCCAAUUGAUAUUUGGUCGAUUGGUUGCAUUUUCGCUGAGAUGGAUAUGAAAGAAAUUUUGUUCAAAGGCGAUUCUGAAAUUGGCCAUCUUCUCAAGAUUUUCCAGAUCCUGCGAACUCCAACUGAAGAAAUUUGGAAAGGCGUUUCUUCCUUACCAGGAUACACAGCAGGUUUUCCCAAAUGGACCGAUUUUAACCUAAAAAAAUCAGUGAAGAAUCUGAAGGAUGACGGAACUGAUUUGCUAGGGAAAAUGCUCCUCUACGAUCCAGGCCAAAGGAUUUCAGCAGAAUCCAUUGCAGUGCAUCCAUAUUUUAACGAUUUAGAUCUGAAUGUCAAACCGUUUAUUGUAGAAAGUCAAUGAAUUUUGUAGCUUAUAAGCAUGUUAUCUAUUUUCUCCAUUUGCUUUGCGUUAUAUUAUUUUUACGCACAUAUAAUCUUUUGCUACAUUCUUUGAUAUUUAACCUUUGGUCCUUGACUUUUACUAUUUAGGUAUUUAUUUGUAUACUUACAGCUCGGUAUACAGUCUCUGAUUGUUCACUGUCACAUUUUCUGAAUCUCUUAUUUCUAAU